UUCUAAUACAGCGACUCCGUUUUGAGAGACGUGGAACUCGACGUGUGUCAUCCAACCCCGUCCAAGAGGCUGCUGGUGGAGUUACGUCCAGGAUGGACGUAUAGAAAGGCCAAUAAAUCAACGAACGACCGGGGGGGAGGAGAGAAAAAAAAGGAAAUUCCCUUCUGUUCUUUCCUCUUCGCGAGCAUCUUGCACUGCGCAGUGUUGGCGCGCCACCGGGGUGUUGUGCGCAUUUUCUGUCGUUCUGGCAGCAUUUCUGAGGCAAACCGGAAAGAGUCAACCUGAAAACCUUCAUUUGAAAGCUCUUUUUAAAUGCGGUGACACGCGAGGAAAGACAGUCACACCUUGACGCCCCCCGACCCCCCUCUCCAAACGGGAUAUUUCACCGACCGAUCGAGUGUCGACACCGCAAUUUCCCAAUAAUAUUUGUUGGACCCUCCGAGGAGCCUCGCUCGCACCGCGUUUUCCAUUGGCCUAUUUCUUGUAUUCUUCCUGCGGGCUGAGAGAAUCGCUUUCAUUGCCGCCAGAGCGUUACAUAACCGAGCGGCAUUCGCUGUCCGAGGUGCUGAACUGCACGGUUGGAGCGUAGAACGGGACGAGCCGAGGGGGAUUCACAACCUGGCAAGGUCACGGGCCUGCAUCUGAACGGGGAAGAGGAACGCACGGCAUUCGAUCGCCGAACCGCCGGGACGCCGCCGGGUUACGUUCUUCCUAUCAUUUUUUUUCUCCUUCUUUUCCAAUCGUCCCCGGGUGACAUACAUUCUUGAGGUGGUCGAUUCAACGGAGAGAAAAUGUCGGGGCAAACGCUCACGGAUCGCAUCGCCGCUGCGCAAUACCAGCUAACGGGAUCGGACAUGGCCCGGGCUGUCUGCAAAGCCACCACUCACGAAGUGAUGGCGCCCAAGAAAAAGCACCUGGAGUACUUGGUGUCGGCGACCAACACCACCAACGUGAACAUCCCUCAGAUGGCCGACACGCUGUUUGAGCGAGCCACCAAUGCCAGCUGGGUGGUCGUCUUCAAGGCCCUCGUCACCAGUCACCACAUGUGUAUCUACGGAAACGAGAGGUUCAUUCAGUACUUGGCUUCCAGGACAUCCCUGUUCAACCUGAGCAACUUUAUCGACAAAACCGGCUCUCACGGCUAUGAUAUGUCUACAUUCAUCAGACGGUACGGACGAUACCUCAACGAGAAAGCCUUCGCCUACCGCCAGAUGGCUUUUGAUUUCACCAGAGUCAAGAAAGGUGCCGAGGGUGUGAUGAGGACCAUGACCACCGAGAAGCUGUUGAAAGGCAUGCCCGUCCUGCAGACUCAGAUUGACACGCUGCUGGAGUUUGACGUUCACCCCAAGGAGCUUAACAAUGGCAUCAUCAACGCUUCCUUCCUGCUGCUCUUCAAGGACCUGGUCAAGCUGUUUGCGUCCUACAACGACGGCGUCAUCAACCUAUUAGAGAAAUACUUUAAGAUGAAGAAGAGCGACUGUAAGGAGGCCCUGGAGAUCUACAAGAGGUUCCUGACCAGGGUGACAAAGAUCGGGGAGUUCGUGAAGCUGGCCGAGACAGUCGGAGUCGAGAAAAACGACAUUCCCGACAUCAACUACGCCCCCAGCAGUAUACUGGAAAGUCUGGAAACACACAUGAACGGUUUGGAAGAUGUAAAGGGUGGAAAGAAGGGUGAAGGGUCUCCAACCAAGGGGUCUCCGACGAACAACGUGUCCCCGACAUCGACUCCAGCCAAAUCUUCAAACGCUGUUCCAGCACUGCAGCCUCCUCCGGGGGAGAACGCCGCCGCCGCCGCCGCCGCUGCUGAGCCGGCUGAAGAUUCCUUGUUGGACCUGGAUCCUCUGUCCUCCUCGGGUCCCUCGGGACAAUCAGCUGCCCCCACGUCAUGGGGAGAUCUUCUUGGUUCAGAAAUGGGCGAUUCCUUGGUAACUGAACCCACCCUCGCGGCAGAGCCCGCCCCCUCCUCUGCAGCAGCCACGCCCACUCCUGCAGCGGCAGAACCUGGAGCCUCUCUGGCUCCUCCCACUAGCGCAGCAGCCGCCUCCUCCCCUGCCGCCGCGAAUAUGGAUCUGUUGGGAGAUGCCUUUGCAACACCCGCGCCUGCCACCGAGGCCUCUGCGGCGGCCGCCGAAGCCGGGGGCGCCGCGGCCGCCGCCGCGUCUGCCCCCGCUGCCAACGCUGGAGCUGAGUCCACAGGAGGAGACGCCUCAGCCGCCGCCGCCGCCCCCGGCGCUGAGCUCAUGUCAGUAUUUGAUGGACUAGGGGAUGUAAUGAAGCCCACUCUGACCCCUCAGGCGGGGGAUGUUGACGCCUCCAUGGCCAACAUGGCAAGUAAUCUCUCAAUGGGAUCCCCAGCAGCACCUCAGGUAGCUCCCCCCUGUUGGGGUGCUCCCAUGACCGUACCCAUGGGUGCUCCUCCUUUUAUGGGGACUUACCCCAGCUUCAGCAUGGCCGGGGGUCCCAUGAUGCCGAUGGCGAGGCAAAGCUUCCCUGCCACCGGGGCAACUCCUGGAGCGCCGAUGUCUCCCGGAGCGGCCCAGAGCCCCAGAAAGCCUCCACCACCGAGGAACGCUCUGGACGACCUCAACAUUAAGGACUUCAUGUAGACAAACUGGCCCGUAGAGCCCCCGAGGUUUGUCGUUGUGUCUGGAACUCUGUGGAUGUGGAUGGCUGCACCUCCCCCACUGCCUGCCCCUCGGUUACGCCCCAGCCCCUACAGCCAGCCAGCCAUCACACCUAUACGAUCUUUGCCCUCUGACCUCGCACCAGCCGCGACCCACAACACCCCCUCCUUCCUCCACCCUCCUUAUCUAAUGUUGUAGCACAACUGUGAAUGUGAACCCUAGUUACCGAAAAACAAAACUCUGUGUAUGUGUGUGUGUGUGUGUGGGUGUGUGUGUAACUCAGUGUUAACCUUUACUUAAUAUACUAUGACAAAAAAAUUACAAAAAAAUAAAUAAAUGUGUAUUUAGAUUCAUUCUGUUUUUUUGCAUAUCAGCUGACUUGGAAUGGUGGAUAAAUGUUGGCAUCUCUCAGACGAGGGCCGUGUUGUUAAAUGUGUUCGGUGUGCGUAUCUUCACUGGCCGAUCCUCACUCUUCUGCCCCUGUCGUCCAAACUAAUACUGAGCUUUGUUAAUGUCAUCGGAAUCUUGGUUGUACCAAUAUCUGCUUGGCCAUUCAUCCACCCACCUGCCGACUUCCAAGACGUAUCUGAAAACAACUGGGAAUCUGGACUUAUCAACGAACACAGCUGAUUGUGUUCACUUUCACUUUUUUUAAAAUCUUUUUUUCCCCUUUUUUUUCUUUAGUGGUUUUAUGAAACAUGCAAAAAUUUGUGAACUGUGUUCAAGUUUAUUUAUGCAUUUUAGACUGUUUUAAAUUAUAGAUAAUACAUAUUUUCUUUAACCUUUAUUUUGAGACUAAAGUGUAUAAUAUAUUUUUAGUUAUGUCACAUAAUACAGUUGAAAAAAGGCAAGUAGACGUAACAAAAAAAAGAAAGAAAUCCCGCCUUCUUUGUAAAUACCUCUCAGUCUGUAAUCAGAGGCAGUAUUGAGUGGAGCCGUUGCCCCUGUUGUGCCCUCUGCUGGUGUGGAGUGAUACUGCACCAGGACGCAUCCCAAUACUCCCAGAGCUCCUUCCCUCGCCUCUGGCCACGUUAGGGUGGAAAUCAAAGGGACAAGGAGGCACCUGUGUACGUGAUUGGUGUGUGAUCUCGGCCCUCUUUGAGCAAGGCAGCAGCGGGCGGUUUUGCUCCUGUCUCGAGGACUCUCACUGUAAAGCACUCAAGUAUACGCUGGAUGUUUUGUGUGUUGUUUAUUUCCAAAAGUGACUGUAUCUUAAUCCUUUGUGGCAUUGACAAAGUGUGAAAAGUGAAAACAAAAAGAACGUGGAUAAAUAUUGUUUGCUAAGUAUUCAAAUGAAGGCUGUGUUGUUUAUUUUGGAGGUUAUUACGGACGCCAUUGUUCUUUCUCCCUCGUCCCCACCUGCAUGUGAGUCCAAUUGAGAUGCAAUAAAAGACAAAUACACUGA